CAUGGCGGCCUGCCUGAGAAGGCUGCAUCACAUCUCGCUCCACGUGUCCGACGUGGAGAAAAUAGCCGACGACUUUGUGUCCAAAUUUAAGUUCCACUUAUUCGCCACCAGGCUGACGGACCGAAGCAGGCAGCUGGCGUUCAGGACCGGCUCGGCGGUGUUUGUGGUGAACGAGAGGGGGAGAAAUAACCGCGCCGCUCUGUCAUUGACUGGAGAAGAGGCGGCGGUGGUGGUGGACACACACUCCCGGAAGCAGACGGGUGGAUAUCUCUACGACUUCCGCCCGCACUACCCGGUGGACACGGUGUGCAACGUCUGCUUCGAGGUGGACGACGUUCAGGGCUCGUUUGAUGCUCUCCGGCGCCUGGGCUGCAGCUUCCUGGUGCCGCCGACUACUGUCCGCGACCGGCGAGGCCAGGUCACGUACGCCGUCCUCAAGUCCAUUUUGGGGAAUGUUUGCCACACGUUAAUCGACAAGACCCGGUACGACGGGAGCUUUUUGCCCGGCUUCGACCUUGUGGACGAAGACCCGGGCGCCGCCGCCGGGGACGUUUGUCCUGUCACGCAUGUGGACCACGUCACCAUGGUGGCCCCCAUCGGGACCAGCCAGCAGGUCCUGAGCUGGUAUGAACGCGUUCUGGGCUUUCAGAGGUUUUUCGUUCACAGCGAGGACGACGUGGAUGGGGGUUUGGUCGUCAACCAGAAUGGGAAGGGACUCCGACUGGCCGCCAUGGAACUCUUGAAAUCCAGCGAAACGGGGAUCGUCCUUCCUUCUCAGCGCAAACACCAGCCUGACUGCAAGUUUGUUAUUGCUGAAUCACUCCCUGAUCAGGGGAGGAACCAGGUGGACACGUUCCUGGAGGAGCAUGGGGCCGCAGGGAUCCAGCACAUCGCGCUGUACACAAGCGACAUUCUAGCCGCAACCCGCAUGAUGGCUGACGCCGGCGUGCCUUUUUACCAGAACCCUGCUGCGUACUACUCCCAGGGUGAAAAACAGCGGGAGAUUUUGGCUGCAGGAUGCGACCCCCAGAAGCUGGCCCAGAAUGGCAUUCUGCUGGACACGGACCAGGGACAGGACCUGUUAGCCGGCCAGACCAGAAGAUACCUCCUCCAGGUGUUCACCAAGCCCCUCUUCGAGGAGGACACCUUCUUCAUGGAGCUGAUCGAGCGCAAAGGAGCGACCGGCUUCGGCGACGGCAACAUCAAGGCCCUGUGGGCGUGCGUGCAGACGUACAUGGACGCCGAGAACGGGAAGGAGGUGCCAAAAACUCCAGAAUGAUGUGGUCCUGAUGGCUUCAUCUGGCCAGGAUCUUCAGCUCUCACUGGAUCGGUUCGCAGCCGAGUGUGAAGCGAACUGGGAUAAGAAUCAGCACCUCCAAGUCCGAGUCCAUGGUUCUCGCCCGGAAAAGGGUGGAGUGCCAUCUCCGGGUUGGGGAGGAGACCCUGCCCCAAGUGGAGGAGUUCAAGUACCUCGGAGUCUUGUUCACGAGUGAGGGAAGAGUGGAUCGUGGAUGCGGACGCUGUAUCGAUCCGUUGUGGUGAAGAAGGGGCUGAACCGGAAGGCAAAGCUCUCAAUUUACCGGUUGAUCUACGUUCCCAUCCUCACCUAUGGUCACAAACUCAGGGUUAUGACCGAAAGGACAAGAUCACGGGUACCAGCGUCCGAAAUAAGCUUCCUCCACCGGGUGGCGGGGCUCUCCCUUAGAUAUAGGGUGAGAAGCUCUAAGGGCUCAAAGUAAAUCCGCUGUUCCUCCUCAUUGAGAGGAGCCAGAUGAGGUGGUUCGGGCAUCUGGUCAGGAUGCCACCCGAACGCCUCCAUAGGGAGGUGUUUAGGGCACGUCCAACCGGUAGGAGGCCACGGGGAAGACCCAGGACACGUUGGGAAGACUAUGUCUCCCCCGGCUGGCCUGGGAACGCUUUGGGAUCCCCCGGGAAGAGCUGGACGAAGUGGCUGGGGAGAGAAAAGUUUAGGCUUCCCUGCUUAGGCUGCUGCCCCUGCAACCCGACCUCGGAUAAGCGGAAGAAAAUGGAUGGAUGGAAUUGAUUUACCACGGAGUCUUGUUCACGAGUGAGGGAAGACUGGAUCGUGGAUGCGGACGUUGUAUCGAUCCGUUGUGGUGAAGAAGGAGCUGAACCGGAAGGUAAAAGCUCUCAAUUUACCGGUUGAUCUACGUUCCCAUCCUCACCUAUGGUCACAAACUCUGGGUUAUGACCGAAAGGACAAAAUCACGGGUACAAGCGUCCGAAAUAAGUUUCCUCCACCGGGUGGUGGUGCUCUCCCUUAGAGAUAGGGUGAGAAGCUCUGCCAUCCGGGAGGAACUCAAAGUAAAUCCGCUGUUCCUCCUCAUUGAGAGGAACCAGAUGAGGUGGUUCGGGCAUCUGGUCAGGAUGCCACUCGAACGCUUCUAUAGGGAGGUGUUUAGGGCACGUCCAACCGGUAGGAGGCCAAGAGGAAGACCCAGGACACGUUGGGAAGACUUUGUCUCCGGGCUGGCCUGGGAACGCUUUGGGAUCCCCCGGGAAGAGCUGGACGAAGUGGCUGGGGAGAGAAAAGUUUAGGCUUCCCUGCUUAGGCUGCUGCCCCUGCAACCCGACCUCGGAUAAGCGGAAGAAGAUGGAUGGAAUUGAUUUACGUGGACCCCCGACUUAAACAAGUUAAAAAACGUAUUCGGGUGUUUCCAUUUAGUGGUCAAUUGUACUAAAUAUGUACUCUACUGUGCACUCCACUAAUAAAAGUUUCAAUCAAUCAAUCAAAGGCAGUAGAUAAUAAAAUGUGGGUAUCAGGGUCCCUUUUUCUUCCUUGGAGUGACAUGGAAAACUGAUGAAAUAUGGCCAUGGUGUUGUUGUUGUUUUUUUAGUUGUAGUUACGUUGUAAUCAAGCAUAUGGCUUGUUUUUGAAUGUAAUGACCUCUCAUGCGUGUGAACUAUUGAAUGCAUCGGCACUGAGACAUGGUAUAAAAUGGCAUUUCCUCCAAGAUGGAAUGGGUUAACUGCAAUAAAGUUGAGAACUACUGUAA